CCACUUUCAUUCUCCACCAAGCACACAAAAGCAGAAUAAGGAUGAACAGCGGGGUGUGCGUGUGUGUGAUCCUUGCUGCUCUUUCUGCCUCCUGUUUGGGUCGGCCCCGCUCCUCUUCCCCUGACACUGAUGACAGCCCUCUGCCCUCACAAAUGGACGGCAGUUUAAGUGGGCACCGUCGGGUCGCCCGCUCCGUCAGCCUCAGUGCCGCCCUCAAACAGCAGCCAGCAGCCGACACAGAUUCAGACACCCGUGCCAACCUCAGUGAGCUGAUUGCCAAAAUCAUCUCCAAAAAAGGCUCUGUUCGGCGUAACUCAUCCAUGAACAACAGAGCAAACGGUGUGAACCAUCGGAUAAAAGAUCGGGAUUACGUGGGCUGGAUGGAUUUUGGCCGCCGGAGUGCCGAGGAAUAUGAAUACUCAUCAUAAAAUCCAUAUAUAUCAUCUAGCUCCUCUCUGCUACAAAUAAAGAGUAUAUUUAUUACUACUAUUGUUAUUAUUAUUCUAAUGUACAUUUGAUAAGACACCAUUAUAAUGCAAUAUACACAUAUGCCUAAUUUUGCAAAAAAAAAGACAAAAAAAGUCUCAAAAGUAUUGUUGUUGUUUUUAAAUCUUGUCAUUUUAUUUUCUUUGUCACAUACGCAAUGGUUUUUGCUUCAAGAGAACCGUCAAGCUGAAGUGUGUGUGAGACAUUUUUCAAUAAAUCAGGCCCGCAUUCAACUUUGGCCUUAAAUCCUU